GGCUUCUCGCAUCCAGACUCCAGUUCCGACCCAGACCCGGAUCCGGACCCAGAGCUUCUGCAGCAGCGGCGCAGGGAACAGGGUUCCUUGCAAUAACUGCCUCUUCGCGGCUCCGCCACCCCCGGGAGCCCCGGCUGCGCACCUGCCAACUCCGCCACUCCGCCUGCUGCACCUGCCACCCCUGAGCGGCGCGGGCGCCCGAGCGAGCCAUGGCCAACGCGGGGCUGCAGCUGUUGGGCUUCAUCCUGGCCUUCCUGGGCUGGAUCGGCACCAUCGUCAGCACGGCGCUGCCCCAGUGGAAGAUUUACUCCUACGCCGGCGACAACAUCGUGACGGCCCAGGCCAUCUACGAGGGGCUCUGGAUGUCCUGCGUGUCGCAGAGCACCGGACAGAUCCAGUGCAAAGUCUUCGACUCCUUGCUGAAUCUGAACAGUACUUUACAAGCAACCAGAGCCUUGAUGGUGAUUGGCAUCCUGCUGGGACUAAUAGCCAUUUUUGUGGCCACCGUUGGCAUGAAAUGUAUGAAGUGCUUGGAAGACAAUGAGGUGCAGAAGAUGCGGAUGGCUGUCAUUGGGGGCGUGAUAUUUCUUAUUGCAGGUCUGGCUGUUUUAGUUGCCACAGCAUGGUAUGGCAAUAGAAUUGUUCAAGAAUUCUAUGACCCCAUGACCCCAGUCAAUGCCAGGUAUGAGUUUGGUCAUGCCCUCUUCACUGGCUGGGCUGCUGCUUCUCUCUGCCUUCUGGGGGGUGGCCUACUUUGCUGCUCUUGUCCCCGAAAAACAACGUCUUACCCAACUCCACGGCCCUAUCCAAAACCUGCACCUUCCAGUGGGAAAGACUACGUGUAACAUACAAGCAAAAGGAGACAUCCCUGUUGGAACAAACAGAAAAUGGACAUUGAAAUACUGUCAUUGACAUUAGGACGUUAGACUUUUGACUGUUGUAGUCUGAACUGUGGUAUUACAAAAAAACAUAUUUUUUUAAAUACCUAGUGCUAAAAACGACUUAUUUUAUCUCCUUUCCUCAAUACAGGAGGGAAGCCUUUUCCAUUUGUAUUAUUGCUUCCCACUGAGUAAUCAUCUCAUAUGUGGGGAGGGGGCGCUCCGUAAAUAUAUAUAGAUAUGUAUAUAUACAUGUUUUUCUAUAAAAAUUUAGUUGAAACUCUUAUUCUCCUUACGUUGGUACCAGCAUAGAUAAAAUAUAUCUAAAAAAAGAAAAUAUAUUAAAUUCUAUAUUAAUUAAAUAAGCAGUUUAUUUGGUAUAUUUCCCUUCUUUCUAUAUGUGCACAUAUAUAAUAGGUCAAAUAUCAUUUACCCUCCUUCAUCAGCUUUUCAUGUCUUGGACAGAAGCCCUAACCUACUCUACCAAGUAUGAAUUAUUUCAGUUCUUCACUUGUGCCCUUUUCAUAUGCUAUUUUAUGUUAUAUUUUACUAUGAUCUUAUAGCACUUGCUUUGUCAUCAGUCAGUCAUUUUUCAUGCCUUUGUUUUCUUAUGCGGUUGGGCCUAACCUUUGAAUCUGAUAGCACAUUUCAUACACCUGUAAUUUAAUUCCUAAAAAGUCAAUAAGAAUCUCUUAGAAAUCAGAGCUUUGGGAGCAAAUCUGUCUGCACGACCAGGACGAUAUAUUCCUGUUCACCUUCCCACACGAUCCCUGUACUCUGACCUACAAAACUCUUGUUUGCUUUGAAAAUAUUUAUCCCAAUGAGUAGCUGUGUGCUGCUUUCUCAGGUGUUGUAACACAAUUUUAUUGAUUGAAUUUUUAAGCCUCUUAUUCACAGUUGUAUAUCCCCCUAAACUACCAAUUUCCUACUGCUCUCCUCAGCUGUAUUGUUGUCUUAUAUGUAAUUGUCGUAUAAUUUACUCUUCCCGGAGAGGUAUGGCCUGUUUGUCUGAAUAAAGUGCUAGACUUUCUGUAGCAACAAUCUGAUGACAGAUAUUCUCUCUGUAGCUGCAAGCAAGUCACUUAAUCUUUCUCCUCUUUUCCCGUCUGUCCAAUCAAGAUAAUGAUACUUAACCAGCUGGUAGGGGUGGAGUAAGUAUUAAUUAGCUGAUAUUAUGCUCAUUCUUUGAACGUGAAAUAUGCCUAAGUAGUGUUUUUAUUUGCCCAAUUGGCUGUUAGGAUGUCAUUGAAUCAAACCUACACACACGCCUUCUCAUCGUCCAGCACCUUCCUUUCUCCCCUGGCUGAUUUCUUUCUUUCAGCUGUGGCUAGCACAUCGUUGGUGCUCUGUUCCACUUUAACAAUUGCUCUUAGUUUUCCAGUCUGUGGAAAGUGCUACUUCACUUAAGCAAGAUGAUACAAUGGAAAGGGUGUUGGCUUUGGUGUCUGGAGACCUGAUUUGAGUCUUGAUGCUAUCAAUUACUGUGUGAGUUUGGGCAAGGCACUUGACUGCCCUAGAUUUAUUGCUUCAUCUGUAGAAAGGCGAUUGUAAUUCCUGACCUGCCUACCUCACAGGGCUGUUGUGGGGAUCCAGUGAGAUGCGAUACACAUAAAUGUUGUUUUGUAGGGUGGAAAGUUGUGUACUAGGGGAAAGAAUUAAGGAAUUUAAGUGCGUAGGUUUUGUAUUACUUUUCAAAUGACUGAAAAGAGAGAAAUUUUAAGAGCUUUCUUACCUUAACCCAUCUCUGAAGUGAUGAGACACUACAGUGAAAUUCAGCUUACUAAAUGAAAAGGAUCCUAAGGAAGUCUGUUUCUUCGAUCAGCAGGGCCUGAUGCUUUUUGUGGCUAAGCUUUUCUCCUGUCAGGAAUUCAGAGUUGACUUAGGAUGAGUUUGCAGAUGUAAUGGGUAAAACACAAGUGUAAGUAUUGGCAAAGCCAAAGUAUAGAAGAUUUUUUGAAUUAUAAGGAUUUGCAAGGGUAUACAAGGUGGAUAUCUGUUAAGUAAUGGCAUCAGAGGUGUUGCUAUAUUAGCUGGCAGCUAACACUGCUAGGUUAGGUAGUUUGGGAAUGGUAAUGCAGAGUGAAACCACAUGGCAGAAGUUAUCCAAAGGAGUGCAUCAUAUGAAGAUUUGAAUCUAGUAAAUUUUAGUAUUUCUUCCAAACCUGAAAGUCUAUGCUCCUAGAAAAUAUAAUUCAAAGAGCCUUUGCUACAUACAUGGAUCCUAAUGAUGUGUGAGUGUAAAUGCAUGUGGUUACUACUUGCUAAACUCUAUAAAGAAAUCUAUAGUCCAAAAUGGCCAACAGAAUUGUUACACCUGAAUUUAUCCAAUUUUGGUAUUUUUGUAUUCUGCUACCAUACCUGGAAACAGACCCAUAGAUAUUUUGGGGUUUUGUAAUGGGAAUUUGUAUAAAGCAUUACUCUUUUUCAAUAAGUUGUUUUUUUAAUAAAAAAAAAUAAAUCCUUGGCUUA